UGUUCUAUGAGAAGUGCUGCUAUCGAAACAAAACACAACGUUCUCUUGAUAUAAGAAAAAGGAAUAAUUUCGCAUAACAUUUAAACUCCCUCGAAAAUGCUCUGUUCAUUUUGGGAAUUAAGAAAAUUGGUUGCGCAUUUGUUACAUCUUCGGUGCGCAAUCAUGUAAUUACAAUUGUGGGAGGGGGAGGGCAAAAUUUCCAGACAUAUACCUGAAAGCAGUGUAAGAAUACGACUGUUUUCCAUGUCCAUCACACAAAAGGCCGAUCCCUCGUUCGACUGGGCAUGCCUUUUGUGGGGCGGUGGGCACAGGCUUCCCCGACUGUAUGUGAAGAAGAAAAUGGAGAGAUAAUAUUGGUGGAGAGAGUAAGAUGCGAGUGCUGAGGUCUGUGCUGGGAGGAUGUGUGGUUAUUGUGGCGUGUGUGGUGGUUCUUACCACACUCACCUCCACACCACCCACAGGUCCUGCCAUCCACUCGAUCGUCCCACACAACUUGAAGGAGGAGCUCGAGGGGAAAAUGACCUGUGAUGAAAAACUGUUGGAGAAGCUAGAUUUUGUUGGGAAGCCACAGCUGUAUCCACAUCACACAUGGGAAAACCUCUCCACACCUGUCCUCACAACUGCUGUGUCAAGUGGAUUAGUAUGGCAAGUGGAAGGGCUGCUGGGGAUGGCACAGCAGCUCUUUUCAAACCUGACUGUCGUGGUUUACAGUCUGGAUCUCUCCUACCAGGAACUCCAGCAGCUAGAGGAUGCCUGUAAUACAUCCUGUGUGGUUACACCCUUUGACUUUAGUACUUACCCAUCCCACGUGAGAGACCUCCACCUCAAAGCCUACCGUCCUAUCAUAAUACAGGAAUUAUUAGUUCGUGCGGGGGCAGUCCUGUGGCUAGAUGCUAGUGUGCGACUAGUGAGUGAAGUUCAGGAUGCCAGUAUGGCAGCUGAGAAAAUGGCAGAAUGGAGCAGUUGGGCAGUUAAGAACGGUGGUGUCUUGACCUGGCCUCUGCCCCACCCUGCGCUCCUCCCCACAGCAGCCCUUACUCACCCUAAUAUGUUUACAUUCUUCCACACCAAAAAGAAUUAUUAUGAUUUUCAACAGAUGGGAGAUGCAGGCACAAUGUUAGUCUAUAACACAAAAGAUGUCCAUGAUCACUUGAUGAAACCCUGGGUAUCCUGUGCCCUCACACACAACUGCAUCAGUCCAAUAGGUGCCCAAGAUACAGGCUGCAGGUAUGACAAAAAGCCGCUUUUCCGCUACUCAGGGUGCCACCAUUAUGACGCUUCAGCAUUCAAUGUUGCCUUAGGGGUCAUGUUCUCAUAUGACACUCGACUUUACCUGGCAGCCACAUCGCCCUUCACACGUGUGUUGCAGAAAGCUCAGCAGGAGGUAGAAAAUGUGCCAGGAGAGGAGAGUUUGAACACGUCCAGUAGAGACAACUCAAGUAGGAAAUAUAAUCUUAAGAAACUUGAAAAGCUCAGUGGUGCAGAUGCAUCUAACAGUGGGUCAUCCUUCAGAAUAGUUUCCGAAAACACAUCACAAACAUCUGCCAAGAGGGAGACAUUAGAAAAGUAAGCAAAAGAAAGUGAAGGUCAAUGGAUAAUAUGUGGAACAUGUAGAUUGGGCAAUAAUGGUUGAAAAUGAUUUGAAAUUUUUUUAUAUAGUGUUCAGAAGUUUUUGAUUUUCGAUAUCUCUCCUGGGAACAGUAAUCAAGCCAGCUAAGUUACCUUUGAUUACUGUUAAACUCUUAUGUAGCUGUGGCUAAAUGCACUAGUGAUUAUUUUGCCAUUAUUACUAUUAUGAUGAUGAUUUUUAUAUAUACUAGUUAAUUAUUGGUGCAAGUUGAAUUGGUUCCUAAAAGUGAGUUUAUAAGGUUGCCAUUUUGUGUGUGGUGAUACAUUAUUAAUAUGGAACAUCACAGAAAACCUAAGAAUGCCAUGGCAAAGAAAACAUGAUAGUUCCUCAGUUGCUAUUUUUUCUUCUUAAUGCAUUAUGGGUUCCUCAGUCGAUUUGAUCUAAGUUUUGUUCUGAUCAAUAUUUCAUUUAUAUUUUUUGUACACAAAUCCUUUUAGUGUUUAAGUGUGUAUGUUCCACCAUGCAUUUGUACAUGUGUGGAUGUUCUCUGAAUGAGUGUCAUGCAAGAGUUGGCUGUGUAACUGCUCUUUAUCAGCAGAUUUCUAUUUUCAAAUGUCAUUUAAAUAUUUAAGGACAAAAAUGACUAAUGAUUCCUCUUUUUCAUUGCUGUGUAUAAUUUUUAUUGAUUUUUUUUAUGAGAUGGAACAUUUUGAACAAGUAAGACAUUAUUUAUAUAAAUAUCCUUGUUGAUUUCUCAUGAUCAAAACCAUAUUUUGAGAACUAAGUUUACACUUAUUCAUUUAAACAUCUAGAUAAAGAGAGUAGGUUGUCAAGAUUCUUAGGAAACAAAGAUCAAAAAGAAAAGUUCUCAAACAGGAAGCCAGUCAUCCCUUUUUGGUGCUUCUAUGAUACAGUUUAAUAUUAUUGUUUGAUUUUUUGCUGUGACUCCUCCCUCUCCUGCCCUCUCCAUCCCUUCUUCUUUGGGUCCAUAGUUUGAAGGGACGGUAGGAUUAACAUACAUGCAAAUAAAAGUAAAACUUUAAUGGAAAGAAAUUCAUACCAUAUGGAAUGUUCAUCAAGUCUCAGUACAGUUGUGCAAAUGAGUUCCUUAGGAGCAAGCAUAAAGUUUAAGUGAUAUGUAUUAUAUGCAGCUUAUAUUUAUAUUAGUGUUCUUUACUGCUAUCUUAGUUUAACCCUAAAAUGUGACUUCUGGCAACCAUCAAGCCAUUUAGCCUAGGAGUCUGCUAUGUAUAGCAGAACUUCCCAUUCAACUUGCUCUAGUGCGUUAUGACACCUAUAGCUGUAUACGUCAUGAUGAGUUGGUGUUUCAUGAUGGCUAUAAUAGGUGUGCCCGACUUUAAGAGGUUAAGAUAUGUUGCUUAGUCAUGCUGUACUCAGUUAUAACUAUUACUAUUUUUCAGAUUAGGCAUGGACAAGACAAUGAUAAUACACAAUGCUGCUUAUUUUGAUUAUUCAAUUUUGAAAUAACAAAAGUGACAAAUUUUUUAUAAUACCAGUACCAGUGACAAUAAGUAAACAGCAAUAAACAAAUACAAUCCAACAAAAACUCCACUUAAAGGUAUAAUAACCCUCUCCACUAAUCACACAUGUUGAAAACCAUUCAUUCAUUUUUACUAGUGUGACCUUGCCUAUUGAUGGGCUAGCUUUCCAAAGGAACUCAUUUCCACAACUGUAGGAGAGUGAAAAAAAAAAAAAAUAAGAAUCAGGAAUUAAAUGUCUUACAGCUUGUGAUAAGAGGGGAAGUAAAAUAGAUAAAUAAAUUAAAAAAAAAGAAAAAAAAAAAAAAAGACCAAAGA